CACAUCGUGUAACCCGGCCCGAGAGAUGGGCUCAUCGGGGCACCGUGCGACCGAAAGUGGCCAGAUGACGGGCGAACCCCAGAACGUCAGCCAACCCUUGGCACGGUCGAAGGCAACUCCGCUCGCGAAUCAAAGGGUUUCGGCGGCGAUCGAAACCCUCCUAACGGUGCUACUGAUCACGAUCGAUCUGGUGAAAGUGGUGCUACUCGCAUUGCCGGUGCUCGUGAGGGAAAUUUACUCCAUGGUCUCACCGCGCCGCUCGAAAGACGUCCGCGGCCAGGUAGUCCUUAUAACCGGCGGGGGCAACGGGUUGGGCCGCAGCAUGGCGCGGCUGUUUGCGACCCGCGGCUGCAAGCUGGUGCUGGUGGACAUCGAUCUUGGGGCGGCCCAGCGGACGUGCGACGAGCUGAAACAGGAGCUGGGCACCACGGCCUGGGCGUACCGGGUGGACGUGUCCAAGUACGACGAGUGUCGCCGGCUGGCGGAGCAGAUGAAAAGCGACGGCUGCGGCACGGUGGACAUCCUCGUCAACAACGCCGGCCUGAUACUGUUUGCGUUCCUUGGCGAAUCGGAUCCCGAGCGAGAAGCCAACGUGGUGGACGUCAACAUCAAGUCACACAUUUGGAUGACAAGAGUCUUCCUGAACGAAAUGAUCCAACGAAAGAGGGGCCACAUCGUUGGAAUAUCGUCCAUGUCCGGCAUGUAUGCCUUUCCGUGGGGCGUCGUGUAUUCGGCGACAAAGUUUGCUGUUUCUGGUUUUAUGGCAUCACUCACGGAGCAGCUACGCAUCCAGGGUCUAUCGAAAGCGGUACGAACUACGUGCAUAAAUCCUUACUAUGUGGCGACGCGCAAGGAUGUAGUGGACUUUUUGGAGAAACCACGGUUUCCUCUACUGGAUGUCGAUGAUGCAGCUGAGCAGAUGGUUAAAGGAAUUUUGAGGAAUGAUGUGGUCGUGACCGUGCCAAGAUUGUUUGGCGUUUUCACACGCUUCAUGCUACUGUUUCCCGUGUCAGUGCAACAAUUGGUGCGGGAUUAUCUUAUACGAGAGUACGAGCUGAACAAAUGUUUAAAUCCGUGAUUGAAGCAAGAAAAGUGCCAAAUGGCUGAACAUUCGCUUAAUGUUCAUGGCAUUCGGCGAUGAUCAACCGUUGGAUUAGUAAUAUGAUCAGUACCGUUAAUCACUAGAUAUAGUGAAGCUUAAAGCAUUUCGGAGAGUUACGAAACCUGA